CCUCGGCCAGUACGGAUUAUUGCAAUCGGCGCGGGGUUUGCAGGACUUUCCAUGGCCAGGGCUGUUAACACUGGUAGCCUACAAAAUGCUGCUAUUACAGUCUAUGAAAAGAAUAGUGAUGUCGGAGGAACGUGGUAUGAGAAUCGCUACCCAGGAUGUGCCUGCGACAUACCCGCUCCAAAUUAUCAAUUCUCCUGGGCGCCGAAUCCGUUCUGGAAAUCGUAUUACGCAAAGCAGGAGGAUAUCCUAUCGUAUAUGAGAUCGGUUGCGGAACAGCACAAUUUGCGGCGCUACGUGAAAACGUCUCACAAGAUCACCAAUGCUUCUUGGAUCCCAGAGCGCGAGGUAUGGCAGGUCACUGUCACCAAGACUGAUGGGAGGGAUCUUGUCAUUUCAAGUCCAGGUGUUACAGAUGGUGAAACCUCGACUACCUUUGUGGAGGAAUGUGAUAUCCUCAUCAAUUGCACCGGCUUCUUCAACCACUGGAAAUGGCCAAACGUGCAAGACCGAGAACAGUUUGGAGGAAGAAUGCUUCAUUCAGCAGCCUGGCCACAGGAUACUGAUCAAGACAUUAAGGGGAAAACAGUGGCAUUGAUUGGUAACGGAAGCAGUGGUGUCCAGAUUCUCCCUGCCAUCCUCAAUGACGCAGAGAAGGUGUAUAUCCACAUUAGAAGUCCGACAUGGGUUACCACCAAUUUUGCAUCCAAGUUUGCCGGUCCCGGUGGAUCGAACUAUGAUUAUUCCGAAGAGCAAAAGACUGCUUGGGCGAAAGACCCGGACGCAUACCUCCGAUAUAGGCGCGAGAUCGAGCAAGAACUCAACAGUCGAUUCGGUCUAUACAUAGACCACUCUCCAGAACAAAAGGCUGCUCGUGAGUACGGUAUUCGCGAGAUGGCCAACAAACUUGGAGAGAGACAGGACCUACUCCAAGCCUUGCUUCCGGAUUUCGCCGUUGGGUGUCGCCGUCCAACACCUGGCAACGGCUAUCUCGAGGCUCUUACGUCUCCCAAGGUACAGGUAAUUUGGGGAACUGUUGAGGCGUUCACCGAGAAGGGUAUUCGUACCUUGUCUGGCCAUGAAACAAGCGAUGUCGAUACAAUCAUCUGUGCCACAGGCUUCGACUUGUCUUGUGCCCCUCGGUUCCCGAUCAACGGUCUCAAUGGAACCAAUCUGCAACAACUUUGGAAUGAGAACCCUCGGUCCUACCUUUCAGUUACUGCGCAAGACAUGCCAAACUACUUCGGCUUCCUAGGUCCAUUCUCUCCGCUGGGCCAUGGGAGUCUCGUAACUUCGAUCGAAAUGGUUACCAAGUAUAUUACUGACUUUGUGAACAAGCUUCAAACUCAGAACUACAGUUAUUGCGUUCCCAAGGCUCACAUACCAGCUGCUUACCAGAGGCAUGCCCUCGCAUGGCUUAACAAGACGGUUUGGGCCAGUAACUGCAGCAGUACGUUCAAGAACGGCACUGCUGGUGGAGAGCUUAACAGUUUACACCCUGGCAGCCGCAUCAAUUACUUUGAGCUUCUACGUACCCCGAGGUGGGAAGACUUUGAGUGGAAGAGUCUUUGCGAGUCUGAGGACUUGACCUUCGCGUGGCUGGCAAACGGACUCACAUAUAGGGAACGAAAUCCCGCUGAC